UUUAAAAUUAUUUUUAAUAUGUACCAUUUUAGAGAGUAUUGUGCACUUAAUAACCCAAUAACUAAUUUGUUCAUGAAAUCGAAUGGUUUAUUAGUUUUGGAUUUAAAAAAAAAUAAAGGUAGACCUGAUAUAGUGAAGUUGCGCCUUCCAUUAACACUGAACGAAGUUUUUAAUGGAACAAUUAAAUUAGUUAAGAUUAAAAAAAAUUCUGAUUUUAUUUGUGAUUCAAUGGAAAAUGAAAAGCGAGUUCUGAAAAUAAAAAUACCACGAGGAUUCCCUACAGGAGGAACAUUAAAAUCUGAGAUAUCAAAACUGGACAUCGGUCAUAAUAAUAUUAAAAGUAUCGUUACUCAUAUUAUAUAUUAAAAAAUGUAAAGUGAAGAGAGGAUAAAUA